CUUCUCCAAAUGGCUUCGUCUGCGUGGCCAGUGGGUUUUGGUUCUUUCCGUGGAUGCAAAGUUCGUUCCCACAAGGCAAGAGCAAACGGGGCAGCAACGCAUGCUCCUUUCUAGCGUUCCUUUCCUUUGGUUAUUGGCGUCCCAUUUCACGCUCAUUUCGUGCCUGUCCAAAUGGAGGCGUUCCAACGAUGUGCAAUUGCGACAGCCUGGUAAGGUACGGAUACAGACUCCGGAGGGAAAGAAGGAAAGUGGUCAGCACCCGGGCUUCCAAGCUCCGCCUAUCGCCCACCUUCACUCCCAUCUCCCACUUCACAAGUUCAGGCUCAAUCUUCCCAAGCUCCCCUCCAGCCAUACCCCGGCCAUCAAACGAAUGCUGCCACAACCACAUGGGCAACACAUCAACGCACCCAACGCACUCUCUCGAUGCUCGCGCGAGUGGGACGCUCCAUCGAUGUCUUGGCUCGAUGAUUCUCUGCUCCGUCGGGGUGAUAAUGACGACAUGUCGCCCAUCCCAAGAGAAUCCGGGGCAGAUGGCUCGUCGGCUCGUCAAUGUACGGAGCAAGGUACUGGCUCUGCCUCCGCGAUAAGAGAUAUCCGCCAUGUUCAUAUUUCAUUCUGUCUGAAUGAGAUAACAGCAGUCUCCGCCAUAUCAACCACCCAUCGGCAAGCCAGCAAUCUCGAUUCCCCACCUCACCAUCAACUGGACUUGCGCACCAACAGCGAUUCAUGCAGCACCUGAUUCAACAUCUUCACCAGCGCAUAUUGGUUCUCAUCAACGCUUGUCAGACGCGCUACCUCUAUCAGGCGCUCCGCCC